AUGUGGAUGCUUCCAGGGAAGAACCAAAGUUGGGUUUCUGAAUUCAUUCUGCUUGGCUUCUCCGGACCUACGUCCAACAGGAUCCUUUUUAUUGCCUUCCUUUUCAUCUACCUGAGCUCAGUCCUGGGCAAUGGGCUCAUUGUCACCUUGAUCUGCCUGGACACAUAUCUCCACACUCCCAUGUACUUCUUCCUCUGUAUCCUCUCCUUGCUAGAUAUGGGCUACAUCACUACCACCAUACCCCAGAUGUUGGUGCAUCUUCUUGCUCAUUCUCAGACUAUCUCCUUUGCUGGUUGUUGGCUGCAGAUGUAUGUGUUUGGUGCCCUGGGCCUGACUGAGUGCAUCUUCUUUGUAGUCAUGGCUUAUGACCGAUACGUGGCCAUUUGCUACCCACUGCAUUAUACUGCCAUUCUCAGUCGGGGCUUGUGUAUGCAGUUGGCAGCUGGGACAUGGGCCUGUGGUUUUAUCUUCUCUCUGAUUCAUACCUUCCUCACCAUGAGGCUUCCAUAUUGUGGGCCUAAUAUGGUCAACCACUACUUGUGUGAAGGCCCCUCAGUACGGAGCUUGGCUUGCAUGGAUACUCAUCUCAUUGAGAUGGUGGACCAAGUCCUCAGUGUCUUUGUGGUUGUUACCCCACUUUCCUUCAUUUUGGCCUCCUACAUUCGUAUUGUUCUGGCCAUUCUCAAGAUCAAGUCCACCCAGGGCCGUUGCAAGGCUUUCUCUACCUGUGCCUCCCACCUGACUGUGGUCACACUAUUCUAUACUCCAGCGGGUUACAUCUACAUGAAGCCCAACUCCAGCUACUUCCCUGAACAAGACAAGAAGUUCUCACUUUUUUAUAAUGUCUUCACAACCCUGCUCAACCCUGUGGUUUACAGUCUGAGGAACAAGGACAUUAAGGAGGCUUUUCUCAAGGUGAUAGGGCAUGGUAGAGUGGCCUAA